AACGUUUCAUGAUUUUAUUUGCAGAUAGUACUGAUGACAAAUGGUACUCCUCUGGAACCAUCAGGAGAACAUGUGGUCUGUUGAGAAGCAGUAAGGAACCCAUCAUUGAAGAGUUGACCAGAGUGUAUGGAAACAUUUAAUAGAGAAGAAAAGGAGGAGAAGGAUUCAGAGGAAGAGAGAAAGAAAGAAAGAAAGCUGAGGUGGAAGAAGGUGAUAUGGAGAAAUAGGAAAGAAAGGAGGAUGAAGAGUAGGAGGAGACAGGAACAAUCAAGAGAAACCUGUACCACCUUAAUGGGAGAGGGCAUCAGCCCUCAAUGGAUGGAGGUGACCAUGAGCCAAUUAUGGUAUUUUUAAGAAACUUUGGGAAUUGUGUGAGUUGCCCACCUCUCGAGAAAGUUGUCCUGUUAAAUGAAAGGCACGUGAUGAGACAAGUUCCGGGAGAUUCUUCAAUUGAUUAUUGUUUGAUGCAACAUGGCUGGAAGACGCCAUUACUUUCGAGGCCAGAUUGGCAUUAACGAAACUCCGUUGACCAUCGCUAUAAGUGACGGUGACUACCGCCUGGCAGAAGACAUCAUUGAAGCUACUUCUGAUGUAUCUUUCUUGAAUGAUGGCCCUUGUGAAAAUGUACCCCUCCACAUGGUCCUGACAAAUAACUACUACAGCAGUUUGAAGCGUAAUCUGAAAUUAGCAAAGAUACUUGUUCAGAAAGGGGCCAACCCAAAUCUUCGAAUACCAUUUGUAGAUUUUGACAGGAUAUCACCAAGCCCAUUUGAAGAGCUUAUUGUGUGUUAUGAAGCUCUCAGGUAUUUUGUUAAUGGUAAAUAUGAUGCAUUAUCUGAUGAAAUAGCAAUGUAUGUAGGUGAAGAUGAUAUUUUGAUGGUUUUUGUUAAAGGUACAAUAGAUCUUGAUGGCAACUCUUGCAAGCCCACUAUGCUAGAUUGUGAAAAGCUUAUAAAACAGACUAGUGAACUCAUUAACAUUUUUUUGGAAAAUGGAGGUGACCCUAAUGUUAUCACAACUUUUCAUCACAAAACUCUGUUCCACUGGAUUGUCGAACACGAUCUAGAUUUAGGGAAGAGGUUCCUUAAAACGUGCCGUGUAAAUAUAAACCUUCGUGAUGCCCAUGGAAAUUCACCCAUAAUGGAUGCCAUUCUAAGUAAUGAUGCAGAAGAUGUGGCAUGUCUUUACUCAACUAUGUGUGAAAUGGUUGACUCAGUAGAUAUAAACAGUCAUAAUUGCAUUGGUGAAACUGCUCUCUUUCGGUCAUGCCUUGUUGGAGCUGUAGAAUUGACCUUGAAAUUAUGUGAUGAUGGUGCUAAGAUUGAUAGUGCUGUAUGUGUGAACCAGUUUCCAGUUUCAUUUCCUCCAGAAUGUGGGUAUUGCGCCAAUUUACUCCUGUAUGUGUUAUGGUGUCUUCCAUCACCAUUGCUAGCUCCAUUACUGAUAGAUUCUAGUGUUAGAAUACGUUACGCUCGCGUCACCACGUACGAAUCGUGUGAUGGUAAUUCUCCACCACAUAAACACUUGACUGAUAAAAUUAUCUUGUCUUCCAUAUCCCCCCUAAUUGAUCAUUUCUACUUGAAGUGUCAAUUGCCAGAUUGUGACACAACGUUUGUCACAACAUUGUUGGAUCAGUUACUUUCACUCAUGGACUAUAGUAGUUUUAAUCACCUAGGAAAUGGUCAGAUUCCAUCUUUGGACCUUGUUAGCCUUAUGUUUGGACAAUUAUCUGCUGGUUUGCGACAGUUAUGCGUCAGGACAAUCUUUGACCACGUUCUCGUGGUUUCACAGAUACCAAAGAAAUCAUGGCCUCAAGUGAAUGUCCAUGAUUUUUGCCUGAAGAAAUGUGAGAGAGCCUUAAUGGUGUCUCAUACAGCUGAACUAGUCGAAAUGCUGCAACUUCCCCACUCAUUUAAGAUAUUUUUUGACAUUGAAGCAGCAAAAUAUCAAGUGUGCAGAAUAAUCAUGGGUUACCAGUGUUUAGAAUGCCAGCAAGCUUGCUCCGAAUCUGACCUCUCGAUGAAUGACGAAGAGUUUUCUACUGAUUCUUCUGAUGUUUCGUCAGAUAAUGGGUCGUCCAUUCUGAUACAUUCUUCUGAUAUACUUAGUGACGAAUCCUUGGAAGAAGUGGAUGACCUUUCUGACGAGUUUUCUGACAGCGACGAUGAUGAUGACGACGACGACGUCGAUGGUGACGAAGUAAGCAAGAAUUCCAAGGGUGCAAGUGAUGAGGUUCGUGCAAGUGAUGAGGUUCGUGUGCGUAGGAAAGUCAGGUGUGACUAUGAAAGUCUCGGCUCGAGUUCUGAAAAUAUCCGUGUCAUAGUGGAGACUCUCUGUGAGGAUGUGGCUGAAAAUAUGGCUCAGCAGCAGCACAAGUCUGAAUGCCAAGGACAUUACCAAAGACUCAAUGGGAAGUGCUCUCCAUCGUCUAGCAACUGCACGUCCCCAUCUUCGUCUAGUGAGUCGGAAGUUAAAGUGUCUACCAAGGAAUCUUCAUCAGAUUCUCCAUGUAGUCAUCCAUGAAGACUCACCAGGGAUUGCUUUUUAUAUAUUACUGCUUGAGAACUUUUGUUUGUUGAUAUAUAUAAUAUUUUUUGAAGAAUAUUAUCUCAGAACUGUAAGGGAGAGCUUUAGUCAUGUACAGUGAUGUGCUUGUUACUUUUGUGUCCUUGUUGUAUGCCAUGACAUAUGUAUUUUUUGAGAGAUGUUUCUACAGUAAUAUGCAUGCAAGUAGAUAUGACAGUAAGUAUUAAAUAGUAUUGAUGACCAUGCCUUUGUAAGAGUUGCAACUAUAACAAUAAAACUUUGAAAGUUCAAA